AUGUCGUACGAAACUGACAACUAUGAUCAGCGCGACCGCUCACCUCGUCGACGAUCUCGCUCACCGCGACGCUCCAGACGCUCCUACUCUCCCCGUAGCCGCUCGCGCAGCCGAGAGGACUAUCGUCGCACUGAACGCCGCUCGCGGUCCCCUAACAGUGGUGCGCAAGGUGCUGGAGGCUACCAAUCUUACGGUGCUGGCCGAGGAGCUUCAUCGCGACCCGUCGAGAACAAGGAAAUGAUGCAGAGUAUUAGGGAUUCUUCGCAACAAGACCGCCGUGUCUAUGUCGGCAACCUUUCCUACGAUGUCAAGUGGCACCACCUAAAGGACUUCAUGCGCCAAGCUGGAGAGGUCCUCUUCGCAGACGUCUUGCUGCUGCCGAACGGAAUGUCAAAGGGCUGUGGCAUCGUGGAAUAUGCCACUCGGGAGCAGGCGCAGAACGCUGUUGCAUCGCUCAGCAACCAAAACCUCAUGGGCCGACUCGUAUACGUUCGCGAAGACCGAGAGGCCGAGCCUCGAUUCAGCGCCCCCGGCGGCGGCGGACGCGGUGACUUUGGCGGCGGAAUGGGCCCACGCGGCGGCUACGGAGGUGGCUUUGGCGGUAACCCUGCUGCUGGAGGCGGUGCCGGACGACAGGUCUACGUCGCCAAUCUCCCCUACAAUGUAGGCUGGCAGGACCUCAAGGAUCUCUUCCGCCAGGCCGCUAACAACGGCCAAGUGCUUCGCGCUGACGUCCAUAUCGCACCUGACGGCCGCCCUAAGGGCUCUGGUAUUGUGGCUUUCGAGACACCUGAGGAUGCUCGUAAUGCCAUCACUCAGUUCAACGGCUACGAUUGGCAGGGCCGAAACCUAGAGGUUCGUGAGGAUCGCUUUGCUGGCGCUCCUGGUGGCUUCGGUGGUCGCGGCGGCUUCGGCGGACGCGGAGGAUUUGGCGGUGGCUUCGGCGGUCGUGGAGGAUUUGGUGGCCGUGGUGGCUUCGGCGGUGGCUUUGGAGGCCGUGGAGGCUACGGUGGUGGUGGUGGCUUUGGCGGCGGUGCUCCUGGUGGCCCUGCCUUCGACCCCAACGCUGCUCCACCCGCGCCGAACCCAUUCACAGACUACGCUACUGCAGGCGGAGAGCCCAGCAACACCAUCUACGUCCGCAACCUACCCUGGUCGACUAGCAACGAAGAUCUUGUCGAGCUCUUCACGACCAUCGGCAAGGUCGAACGUGCUGAGAUCCAGUAUGAGCCCAAUGGUCGUUCUCGCGGAACCGGUGUCGUCGAGUUUGCACAGGCUGCAGAUGCCGAGACCUCUAUUGCCAAGUUCACUGGUUACCAGUACGGUGGCAGGCCCCUUGGCUUGGCCUAUGUCAAGUACACCAAUGUGGGCAACAGCGAUGCCAUGGAGGGUACCGAGCACACUGGUGGAUUGACCCAGGAUCAGAUCAUGUAA